GUCAAAACAGUCUGCCAUUAAGCAAGUACUAUCGAUCUCCAUGCAAAUUGCCCACUGGAUCCGCUACGUUCGACCAGUUUCAACUGCAGAUGUCUGCUGCACUGCAGCUGCCGGAUCAUAAGAGCAGGAUCAGUGCCGAAUAAUUGAGUCUGUUUGCUCCUGAUCUAGACGCGGCAUUACAAGAUGUCGUUUUUUCAUGCGCUUUGCAGUUUGCAGACACUUUCUGCAUGAUCUUUCGUUUUUGCCUCAAUAUAAAAUGCGCUCAGUCUGAGCAGGGUUAGAUUUAUGCUCCCUGCUUUCCCCGUGAAACUUUUAUUUUUGGGCUUAUAGGAAAACCAGCGAAAAAUACGCUAGCGAUCCGCCUGAGCCAUGAGGGAUGUACCGGUGCAGCUGCAUAUACAAGAAAUAUCGACAGUUUUACAUUUUCCGGUUUCCUUGAUUAUUUGGUCAGCAGCAGAUGGAAGCGCAUUUUUCCGCGAUUGUAUAAAAUGCCUGUCACAUGUGAGCCAUGCAUCGCAACCUGUUGAUGGGGCAGCGAUGUGAUUUUAAUUUGUAUUGACUUUUAUGUAACUAUGGCGGAUCAAAGUCAGAAAUCGUUCUUUCUGGCCAUACGCAGUCUUCGCUAUAUAUCGAUCACUCAAAUCUUUUGCGGUAUAUUGGGACUCUGUUGUUUUUUCAGCACGCUAGUCAUAACCCCGAUUGCCCGAACAUACGGGACGGUCAUCUGGAUGUUUAUCGAUAUCUUCCUGGUGGCGACGGGAUCCUACGGCAUUCACUGUGUCCGGGAGGUGCGGCGUGGCGUGUUUGUGCGGCGCACUUUCUUGGUGUUGGCCAUCCUGGACAUAAUACUGUGCAUUGUGUAUUCCACCAUCUUCGUCAUCCUGGCUAUCGGUGGAGCACUGGUCAACAUCGCUCCCAACGCGAGCCAGACCAUUCUCGGAUUAAUCGGCUUAACUGAAGAAUUCAUCCGUUCUAAUCCCGGAUUGGAGAGCUUCCCGGACGAACAAUUACGAACGGUUAUGAUUUCUGUGUACUUUGUGGUUCAAGUUGUCUUUCUGCUUUACGUGGCGCUGGCUGCGUCCGCGGUGCACAUUUGUCGUCGCAGUUGGACCACACUGCGCCGGGGUUUCGAUGAAUGGUCGUACAGUUCGAUGUCUGGUUGAAAGAUCUGCAGUAUGCCAAAUGGAACCUGUUUUGGUUUCAUGUUCAUUGAUCUUUACACUGAUACAGACUGAGAAUUUUUUAAAAAUGCUUUAGUAAAAAUUUGUAGCGAAACCACAAAGUUAUGGAUCAUGUGUGGAGCAAGAGUCAAAAAGCGAUUGCACUCAAUUUUAGCUUUCUUGCGUUUGCUCAUUAGUUUAUAGUUGUAAAACCUUCAA